AUGGCUAUAGAACUCUCCACCACCAACAAGAGCUGCAUACUGAAGCAACGCCACCUCGCGGGCCUGCACCACCACCUUACACACCAUCUACAAACCCUCCCAACCAACACUGCAGGGAGUAUUCCAGUACGAACCAGCGCCCUGUACUCCAGGCUUCGCCUACCAGAAGAGUUCAAGUGUUUAUACUGUGGUAGUAAAGCAGCAACCAGAACCCUACUGCCAGUUAAACACUCAAGCUCAGGGAUUGCCACAAGAUCACCUCAACUUUACCAUCUGCAACCUCAUCCUCUGCUUUCUAUUGUGGAACUGGGCGUCACUUGUCUGCCUCACUCCAGCUCUCAUUUUCUCUCUAACUCAGUUUACAGCGUUUUGUCAAAGCGAAAGCAAGACACUUGGAAACUCAUGGCCUACCAACCAGUUAUCCAGCAAGAAAAACCACCACAGUAUGGUAGCAUUGGACAUCCGAAGAUCAUAGCGGUCCAGCCUACCUAUCCUGCCGUGGUCCAUGUGUAUUCCACUCGGGAGGUGAACGUCCACGGCGUGCUGAUAUUCAGUAUCCUUAUCGCCAUUAUCUGUGGGAUAGCGCUGCCAGCAUCUCUGUGCUGUUCAAUACCGGCCGUCAUGAUAGCCGUACUGGCUCAGAGUGCGCAGAAUGGACAAGAACGCGCCCUGCAUGUUCGCAACUCUUACGUUUUAACCGGCGUCGCCCUGAUCUUCGGACUGUUAUGCAUUGUUGGAGCAAUCAUUUAUCUAAGCUACACCAUCAAGAUGGAAAACACUGACAACUACGAAGAUUGAACUUCAGUAGCACCACGUACAGGAAAAGACAAAUAUAAUACAGAAACAGAACCGUGUUCUUGGGACUUAGCUUGCUAAUGUAUUAUUAUGCAUAACACUGAUAGCUACGUACUUCUGUUCUGAUAGAAACUGAAAAACCACAGGCAUUGACAGAAACUACUUUUUGAAAGCACAAGUGAAACCAUAACAUCAUCCGUUUUGAUCAUGGGACCAUUGCUA